CGGUAGAUUGAGCAUAAAAGUAAAACUUACACUGACCAAGUGCUCUAUAAACAAAAUCUGGACUGUUCAGUUCUUCUAAACAAGCACCUGUGAUUUCCUGGCAACUCAAGAGCAUUAGCCUCUUAAUGAAAUUUUGGCUUUGAUUCUUAGUGAAGAUAUUUUUGUUUAAAGCUCUCAGGAGUUUAAAGUUUCUCAAAAAUGGACAAGGAACUAGAUGUCUUCAGGAGGCCACUGGUUGAUGUUCAGGGCAUCCCUGUGUUCUGGAGUAUGGCUGAAGAAUGGUCCCAGGUGGAGUCAUUUGAGGCCAGACCAGAUGACCUUCUGAUAGCCACCUAUCCAAAGUCUGGAACAACCUGGGUCAGUGAAAUACUGGAUUUAAUCUACAACAGUGGGGAUGCAGAGAAAUGUAAACGAGAUGCAAUAUACAACAGAGUGCCAUUUAUGGAAUUGAUAGUUCCUGGACUCUCAAAUGGUGUUGAGGAGUUGAAAGUCAUGCCAUCUCCUCGAUUAGUGAAAACACAUCUUCCUGUUCAACUUCUCCCUUCCUCAUUUUGGAAGAAUAAUUGCAAGAUGGUCUAUGUAGCAAGGAAUGCCAAAGACGUGGCUGUUUCUUACUAUUACUUCUAUCAGAUGGCAAAACUGCACCCAGACCCUGGAACCUGGCAGGAGUUCCUGGAUAAAUUCAUGACUGGAAGAGUUGCUUUUGGUUCUUGGUAUGACCACGUGAAGGGCUGGUGGGAGAAAAAGAACGAUUAUCGCAUCCUCUACCUAUUCUAUGAAGACAUGAAAGAGGACCCAAAGCGUGAAAUUCAUAAAUUAUUAAAGUUUCUGGAGAAAGAUCUUCCAGAAGAAGUUGUGAAUAAAAUUCUCUACCAUAGCUCUUUUGAUGUGAUGAAGAAGAAUCCUAGUGCAAACUACACCACGGCACCAAAAUCUGAUAUGGAUCAUUCUGUGUCUCCUUUCAUGAGAAAGGGUAUUUCUGGAGAUUGGAAGAAUCAGUUCACAGUAGCCCAGUAUGAGAGAUUUGAAGAAGAUUAUGAAAAGAAAAUGAAGAGUUCUACUGUGAAGUUUCGUUCAGAGAUUUGAUAUUCU